AUGUCGAGCCUCGCGAGCCCCAGCACUUCGACGGGGAAGAGAAAGGUGCUGUCUUUGAAGACGAAGCGCGCCAUUUCGGACGAAGUGCGUCGAAACGUCAAGAAGAGUGCUAUCGCACGGAAGUUUGACAUUGCACAGUCCACGCUUUCAACAAUAAUCAAGAAUGGUAGCAAGAUCGACGCCGUUCUCGACGGCGACGUUGGCAGCAGGGACAGAAAGGGGAUCCGAUGCGCCACUUACGGCGACGUAGAAGCCGCGCUUUACAAAUGGUUCGUGGACGCGCGAUCGAAGAACAUCCCGCACAGUGGACCCAUCAUUCUGGCGAAGGCCAAGGACUUGGGAUUCACUCUCGGCCACGAAGACUUCCAGCAAGGAAAUGGGUGGCUCCAGAGUUUCAAGGACAGGCACAACAUCACAUCUAAAAACAUCGUCGGGGAGGCCGCGUCUGUUGACCAGGGAUCGCUCCAGCAGUGGAUGGCCAAGCACCGCGGUCGUAUCCUUGCGUAUUCCGACAAGGACAUCUACAAUGCAGAUGAAACUGGACUAUAUUUCCAACUGCUACCAUCGAACACUCUCGCGGCGAAGGCAGACAAAUGCGUGGGAAGAAAAGACGGCAAAAAUUGUGUCACCGUGCAAAUCUGCGUGAACAUGGAUGGUUCGGACAAGCGAGACCUGUUGUUCAUUGGAAAGGCCAAGCAACCACGCGGUUUCGCCAAGGUGCUGUCUAUGCCAGUGACGUAUGUGAACAAUAAGAAGGCAUGGAUGACGCGAGACAUUUUUGGCAAGUGGCUCGCCGAUUUCGACAAGGAGAUGGUCCGAAAGAAGCGCAAUGUGCUGAUGUUGCUUGACAACUGCAGUGCGCAUCACGUGAACGCACACUUGAGUGCUGUAGAGGUUUUGUUCCUGCCCCCAAACACUACCGCCAAGCUGCAGCCCAUGGACAGGGGGUUAUUGCCAACUUUAAGGUCCACUACCGGCGCUGAGUGA